CCCUUUGUGGCUGAACAUGGUACAGCGUGGUUGUGUUUCCCUGGUGGGAUCAUAGUCCACAUAAUGGCGGAACUUGACACAACAAACACGAUUGGAACACAAAAUGGAACUUUGGUCGAAUAGCUAGCUACGUAGUUAGCAAGUUGUUUAAACGGCGAAAUGAGGGAAAAGAGAGAAUUUUAUAACAUUACCUCACGUUCGUUUUUACACUUCGGUCUUCCACAACGUUCUGCUAACGUUAGCAAACUGAGAAAGGACUGGCGGGAAUGAAAACUAACAAUGGCAAGCUAACUUAGCUAAGUUACCCAGGCUCGCAAUGUUGUAUUGCAGCAGUGCUUUAAGCCGUUUUUACUUAAUUCAUUUGAUGUAAUAUAUGUGUUUGAGAAUGCUAGGAUGUUUAAAAACGUGUUUGGAUCCGGAUUUCUUGUAAGAACUUCUCACGUUAUCCUGACAUGGGCGAUAACGUUGAUACUUUUCCUUCACGAUACAGACCUGCGGAAGCAAGAGGAGAAGGAUGAGCUGAUGCAGCCAGUGCUUUUCGUCUUGCUGGUCCUGGCGUCAGUACUGCUCUAUUUCGCUGUCUCCCUCAUGGACCCGGGGUUUGUCCUCACCGACGGCGACGCUAAGUUCACUCUUGGUGUCAGUGAAGAAGAACAGGAGAUGAUCCCUCAUACCUCCAAGACUCUACGUCAGCGCCGUUGUGGCUACUGCCUGCUGCAGCAACCAAUGAGAGCCAAGCAUUGCCAGAACUGCAAGCACUGUGUGCGGCGCUACGACCACCACUGCCCUUGGAUUGAGAACUGUGUCGGUGAGAGGAACCACCGCUGGUUUGUCCUUUACUUGGGCGUCCAGCUGCUAACCCUGCUGUGGGCGUUGAACCUGGCAUGGUCUGGAUUCAGGUAUGCCCCCACCUGGGACUCAUGGCUACGUCAGAACGGCUUCUUGCUGGCAGCAGCCUUCUUGGUGGGUGUGUUCUCACUGGUGGUGGUGCUGCUGUUGGGUUCCCACCUGUACCUGGUCUCCCUCAACACCACGACCUGGGAGUUCAUGUCCCGCCACCGCAUCUCCUACCUCAAGCACUGCGGUGCGGACGAGAACCCGUUUGAUCGGGGCACACUGCGCAACCUGUGGGGCUUCUUCUGCGUCUGCCGCAUCAUCAUCUGGGAGCAGGUGUACUUCAGAGAGAGCAGUGAUCCCGUCUAGCCCCUAACCGUACCCCCUCCCGUUCACAUUCAACAGCCCAUUCACUCUAUCUGUCUUUGGGGCUGAGGUGCGGCCCUCAAACAUCCUGACAUAGCUGGGUUUCUGGGUUUAAUCAUGAUGAUGGGAUGUUGUGUGGAUAGGAAAGGGUGAAAGGGAAUGUCUUCCAUUGCUGCUGUUCUGGGAUCAAACUUUAUAGAAUGAACAGGAAUAUAUUUUAUUGGACGGUGACAGAAUUGUAAUUGUAAUAUGUAAAUGCCUUUCAUAAGCAACUGGGCUGUAUGUUCAUUGUAGUAGUAACCAAUAUAUAGCUUGAUUCCUUUUCCUAAGCAAUAAAACAUACAUUUUUUUAAUUCUGUUGUGCUCAGCAAAACCAUUCUACCAAUUUGGUUUUGUAAUGCACUUCUCAUAAAGCAUAUCCCCAACAUCUCAUAGACAUAGACAAAGACUGUUUGAUUAACUAUGAGUUUGAAGUAAGGAACAGGAAUUAUGUUUACACCAGUGGUCCUCACUUCUGGUCCCAGAGAGCUGCAGAGUGUGCAGCAACCAAUUCUGACCCAGGAAACCAGUUGAGAUGAGUUAUCUGUGUAAUUGAUCAAUUAAGCACCAUGUAGCUCAGAGGUCACCAACCCUGGUCCUGGAGAGCUACUGGGUCUGCUGGUUUUCGCUGUUACUCUGCACUUAAUUGAUCAAUUAGAGCAGAUGAUUACACAGCUAACUCACCUCACCUGGUUACCUGGGACUCCGCAGGGUGCUGAUUUUAAGGUGAAAACAAAAAACCAGCAGACCCAGUAGCUCUCCAGUACCAGGAGUUAGGACCUUGGUUUAGAUAGUUUAAAAGAUUUGUUUUCCAGAAUUGUUCAAAUGACAAGGUAUGUGUAUUAUAAUUGAUUUUGUGAGAUAAUGUUAGCAGAGAAUGAAUGCUGAUAUACAUACACAUUUGGUAUCAAAAGGAGUGGAGUUCUUUCCUAUCUAUGUCAUUAGGGUCAUCAUAGGGGCAGGGCUGCCCAAGCCUGUUCCUGGUGAUCUACCGUCCUGUUUGUUUUCACUCCAACCCGAACAAAGCGUACCUCAUUCAACAGCUAGAUAUCUUGAGUGAAUCUAAUUUAGUAUAAUUGGGUGUGCAAAAUUAGGGUUGAUAAGAACCAGGAUGGUCUCCAGGAACAGAGUUGGGCAGCCCCAAAUCAAGGAAUUACACACAUUAUUUUGGGUGUUUGAAUUACCAUCCAUCAGUAGUAAACAUACUGUAUUGUUUUUGGAGUACAUUUUUCCAUCUGGAGAUACUAAAAAUGAAAUAUUUUUCUGCACACACUGAUUAGAGCAGUUGACUGUCCUGAGGAGCCAUAGUAUGUGCUGGCUUCCUGUGCUUGUCAGCACUAAUUGUCACUAAUUGACAGACGUAUCUACGCAUCUUGAUCUCAAGGCCUUAUUUGCCUGCUGAUUGUAAUGAAAUGACACCUGCAGACACUGUAGCUCUCCUGGACUUGGUAUUAAACUUUAUCAUCAGAAACAUCACGAUCCUGAGAAAUGGCAAAAACAACGGUUUUGUUUUUCUUUCUAUAAAAGUUUAGAGUCGUCGAGCACAUGCAUGUGAAAAAAAAUAAUUUAAUUAAAUUCUUGAUAGCAGGUUACCAUUGAACCCCACUAAGAGCUUGAACAAAUGCAUGCUUCAACAAUUUUUUAAUUGUAAAAAAAAAAUGACAUGAUUGAAAAUACGAUUACUUGUAUUACAUCCACUAACCUCUCUAUCUUAGGGACACCAAAGGCAGUUCACAGAUUUGGCUGGUUUUAUUUUCAUUACUGCAGUCCCUGCUUGUUUGUUGGCAUGUUCUAAAUGAGACUCAUGCCCAUGUCAACAGCAGGAUGAGUCCAAUGAGAAAAUGCAUGUAGGCAAUUGAUUCUUGCUAGUGUACAAACAUGCUUGAAUAGCAAAUUUGUUGAGGGGACUUGAACACAAAUCUUGAUAGAUGUGCAUUUAAAAGACCAGGUUGGUAGAACUUAAAAUCAGUGAACUUUUUUUGUUUGUUUUUUAUGUUUUGCAAACAAGGAAAUUAAAAUGUAUUUUGAAGAUUUAUGUCCUACAUGCAUAUAAAUAUUAACAUACAUUUUUAUGAUAAAUACAAAUAAAUAUAUUUUAUAAUGUGGGCAUUAUGAAAACUUCCUUUGGAUACUAUUUUUUGAGAGACAGAAUAAGCGUGAAAACUAGUCAGACAUUAUGUGUCCUCAAAAUGGAUGAAUGAUUUGAUUUUUUUAACGUUUUUUUGUAUUCUGUGCAAUACCGAUGCUUAAAUACAUUCUUCCUACUGAGGUUUCUUUCAAAAUGUUUGGAACUUAAUUUCUGAAGUCAUCUGUUUACAUAACUCUCAUUUUAUGAUUUUCAUUUACAUUAAGUUAUUGAAAAGUUAUGCAAUAAUUUUAAAUGACAGUAUUGUGCAAACAUUAAACAUUUAAAAUCAA